AUGGGUCAUAUGAGGGAUUUGUUGAGAUCCCAUCCUCCCACUUUUGAUGGUUUGGGUACCAAACUGGAAGCUGAGACUUGGCUCAUUGACUUGGAUAGGUGUUUCACCAUGCAUCUAUAUGGUAGUAACACCGUGAGGUGCACUAUUAUGCAUCUCAAGGAUUUUGCUUCUACUUGGUGGAGGUUGGAGGAACAGAGGAUUAUUGUGGACAUUAGUACACUAUCUUGGGAGAUGUUCCUAGAGAGGUUCAGAGCUCGAUUUCUCUCAGUACAAUGGAGACAGUGUCGCACAGAUGAGUUUUAUGAGCUACGCCAGUUAGGCAUGAUUGUUGAUCAAUAUGAGCAGAGAUUCUAUGAGCUCAAACAAUAUGUUGAGAUUGGUAAUGAUGAGGCAUUGUUGGUAAAAAAAUUUAUGAGAGGUCUUAAUGACCGCAUUAGUGGGGGAGUGCGAGUGUUUGAGCCUUCAUUAGUUGAGUUAGUCAUGGUGAAAUCCAAGCUAGUAGAGAAGAAUCUUGCACGUGGACAUGGUGUCAGCUAG